GGGAUGCAGGGCCUUGGGAAUAGGCCAAGUGCCCCGACUUGAUCCCCUCUGUGCCCCAUCUCCAGUUCUUCCCCGGGAAAGGCCAGGCACACCCGGCCAGUGGGGCUAGUUCUCUAGGAGCUCAGCCUUCUGUGGGGUCAAAUCAGACUUGUUGGGUGCCAGUUAUCAGGGGAAAAGGUCUGAUUUGAUUCUGUCCUGCAGUGCCUCCCUGGCUGGCCUGCUACAGUUCCCCACAUCUGUCACUAUGGACCCUUCCCUGUAUUGUUGUUUCAUAUGAGUGUCUGUUUUUGACAGCUGUCAAUAGGCCCUUUUCCUGUCUGUCUUAGUACCUUCUGCAUAGAUCCCCAGCAUCUAGCACAGUCGAGUGCGUAAUAACAGCCACACUUUGCUGAUGUGAGUGGCAGCUGGUAAGGAAAUUUACCUAAAUUAUCUCACACACUCCUGUGUAGUGGGUACUCUUCUUUUACAGAUGAAAACAUUUGCUUAAGGUCAUAUAAUUGCUAGUCACCAGAGGUCUGACUCGUGGAACCCAUGCUUUUGACCACCACCACGUGUUCAUUGGGUGAACGGAAUCCUCUGCUUUUGGUGAAGACGGCAGGCGGGGAGCGCCGUGCUGAUGCCGUGGGGCCUCCGGGAUGGAGAGCGGCCUGGCCAGCGCCUGCACAGGAGAUGGGCUGGUGAUGAAGAUCAAACAGGAGAAGCCGGAGUGGCUGCUGCAGACCCUGGCACCACCGACGGCCCUUUGCAGGAAGGAUAAGGAAAACAUUUUCCAGCAGCGUCGGGGCCUCCCGCCAUGCCAGACCAUGGGGAAGCCUCGAGCCUUGGGGAGACAGGAGGAGACGGGGGGUCCCAGGUGGACCCCGCCCACUGAGCAGGACGCGGGGCUGGCAGGCCGGGUUCCGGGGACGGCCUCCGGCCCGCUUUCUGCCGGCGAGGGUCACUUCGUGUGCCUGGACUGCGGGAAGAGGUUCAGCUGGUGGUCGUCUCUGCAGAUCCAUCAGCGCACGCACACCGGGGAGAAGCCGUACCCCUGCGGCAAGUGCGGCAAGAGCUUCAGCCAGAAGCCCAACCUGGCCCGCCACCAGCGGCACCACACGGGCGAGCGGCCCUUCUGCUGCCCCGAGUGCGCCAGGCGCUUUAGCCAGAAGCAGCACCUGCUCAAGCACCAGAAAACCCACUCUCGGCCCGCCACCCACUCGUGCCCCGAGUGCGAGCGCUGCUUCCGCCACCAGGUGGGCCUCCGCAUCCACCAGCGCGCGCACGCCCGGGACCGCCAGGGCGCACCUCCCAGCCUCACGGGGCUGCUGUGCGGCUGCCGCAACGUUGGCGACGGCGGCGCUGCGGAGGAGACGGAGGGCUUGGGAGGCGGCGCCACUGCUCUGCAGGAGCAGGAGCAGGAGGUUUUUGGAGGCAUGGGGGUGGUGGCGGCAGACAGUGCCCUACAGGAGCAGUGGCCCUUUGGUAUCAAUGGCUCUGGGGUGGCUGGGAUGAUGUCGGAAGUGCCCAUGACCGAGCUGGCAUCCUCCGAGGGCGGGUCCCCUGCGGGGGACGGGGAGGAGGGUCUGGGGGACGAGCGAGGCCUGGUCAUCCACCACCCUGCGGAGGAGCAGCCCCACCGCUGCCCGCUGUGCGGCCAGACCUUCUCGCAGCAGCCCAGCCUGGUGCGGCACCAGAAGGCGCACGCCGGGGCGGGCCGCGCGGCCUCCUUCGUGUGCCCCGAGUGCGGCAAGGCCUUCAGCGUGAAGCACAACCUCGAGGUGCAUCAGCGCACCCACACGGGCGAGCGGCCCUUCCCCUGCCCGGAGUGCGGCCGCUGCUUCAGCCUCAAGCAGAACCUGCUCACGCACCAGCGCAUCCACAGCGGCGAGAAGCCGCACGAGUGUGCGCAGUGCGGCCGCUGCUUCCGAGAGCCCCGCUUCCUGCUCAACCACCAGCGCACCCACGCGCGCAUGCCCGCGCCGCACCCGCGCCGCCCCGGCGUCUUCGGGGAGCGGCGGCCCUACUUCUGCGCGCGCUGCGGCAAGAGUUUCGCGCGCGAGGGCUCGCUCAAGACCCACCAGCGCAGCCACGGCCACGGGCCCGAGGGCCAGGCGGCCCAUCUCGGCCGCGUGCUGUGAAGUGCGCAGGGCCCGCUGUGGUCGGCUGUUUCCUGCCCCAGAGCCGCGUCUGUGGCCCCCGGGGGUGGCGCUGGGCUGCACCCCUGCCUCUGGAUGGCAUCCCAGGAGACACAGAGGGCUGGCUGAGGGGUUUAAAGGCCUGGGUCGCCCGGCUUUGCCGCCUGCUUCUCCUCCUCCCCAGGACCCUCUGGCUGACUGCACACAGCUGCUUUGGGCUCCUUCGAAGGUUUUCCUCCUUGGGCUUGCCUAGCCUGGAGCAGAUGCAGACUGGGCAGGACCUCUGGGCAGUGUGCAAGGCACAUCUGGGCACAGACACUAGGAGUGCCCCCCACUGGGGCCCUGCUCCCCGGUAUGAGGACGCGUGCCCUAAGAAGACCUACCUCGGGAGGUGCCCUGCAGUGACUGCAGAGGGGACCGGUGGAGCCUGGAAUUGGAGGCGGCUUCUGUGUCCUGGUGGCAAACUCCCCGAAUCUGUUGGGAGUCAUGACUGGGGAAGAGCUUAUCCUGGCGGCCUGGUCACAGACCUCCACUGUCAUGUGGCAGCAGGGACCACACCUGUGUGGAGAGCCAGCUCCUCCACUUCCUUCUGGCCCACCAGAGACAGGAAGUAACUGCCCUAAGAGGACACAGCACAUUGGUAGCAGACCUGGCUCUAGAGGCACAGCCUUCCCGUGGGUGUGAUCUGUACUUCCAGGCUCACUUGCCUUUCAGAGCAGUGGUUCUUACCACUUUUGUAAGUGGUAAGGCCUUUGAAAAUCUGACAAAGAUUAUGAACCUUCUCCCCAGGAAAACACACAUACUCACGUAGAGGCAAGAAUCUACCAGCAAUUCCAGGAGCUUCUGGACUCCAGGCUGGAACCUCGGCUCCAGGACCGGUCACCCUCCACCCUUUCCUUACAUGACCUCCCAAGGCCACCGUACCAGUAGCAUUCCAUCCCCCUGCUGGUCCUCAGUCCCUUGUUCAGGAAUAAAGAAUUCUGAGGA